UUAGUAUGAACAUGUUGAAUGAGGCAUUAAUUUCCCAAGAAAAUCAGAACCCUCAAUUUCCAAAAGCUCUUCUCUAUAAUCUAUAUGUUGGUCAUUUUCUAUCCAGAUGGAGUGCCAGGAUGUGGGAAUUCUCUGUUGGUUUGUACAUGAUCAACGUCUGGCCAGAUUCGUUACUCCUAACGGCUGCUUAUGGUGUGGUGGAGUCUGGUUCAACGGCAUUGUUUGGUCCUCUCAUUGGACAGUGGGUGGAUAGGUUAACAUAUGUUAAGGUUCUCCAACUUUGGUUGCUAAGCCAAAACAUCUCAUUUAUUGUUGCUGGAGGUGCAGUCAUUGCUCUUUUAGUCCGUGCAGACUUGAUAUUGGUCAAUCUUACGGCAUUUAUCUCACUUGUAAGUUUAAUUUAUAUAUCCGGAGCUGUUGGUGUGCUUUCAUCUCUUGCCGGAACCAUCUUGAUCGAAAGAGAAUGGGUAGUCGUAAUAUCAGAAGGGCAUCCUCCUGGGCUGUUAACAAAGAUGAAUUCAAUCAUAAGACGAAUAGAUUUGAUUUGCAAGCUAUUCGCUCCGGUGAUAACUGGCUUCAUUAUCAGCUUUGUUUCUCUAACUGCAUCAGCCAUGACUCUAGCUCUUUGGAAUGUUAUAUCCGUUUUCUUGGAAUACUGGCUUCUUACAUCUGUAUACAAUGGGAUUCCAGCUCUAAGUGAAAGCAGCCUGAGGAGGGCCUCAAGAUCUUCGCCAGAGCAUUCGGAUUUAAGCCCCACUAUUUCUCAUGAACAGAAAAGCACGUUUCACUUGGAUAGAAUUGGAUUGGAGCAAUCUGAAAAUCUCUGGAGGAAAAUAGUCGGUUCGAUGUCAAGAUUACCUUGCCUUUCUGCAUGGAAAGUGUACUUGCAGCAAGAUGUAGUCCUCCCAGGGCUAGCCCUUGCCUUGCUUUUUUUCACCGUACUCAGCUUUGGAACAUUGAUGACUGCUACGCUUGAAUGGGAAGGAAUUCCGGCAUAUGUCAUUGGAAUUGCACGUGGAGUAAGCGCAACAAUAGGGAUAGCUGCAACAUUUCUCUACCCAAUAUUAGAAUCACAUAUUUCAACACUUCGAACAGGCCUUUGGUCAAUCUGGUCACAGUGGACUUUCCUGUUGAUAUGUGUAGCUUCAAUAUGGGUCCAUAAGAAAUUUCUAUCAGCAUUUAUGCUUAUGGCUGGUGUGGCUGCAUCGCGUUUGGGUUUGUGGAUGUUUGACUUAGCGGCCAUUCAGCAAAUGCAGGAUCAUGUCCCUGAAAGUGAUCGCUGUGUGGUAGGAGGAGUUCAAAACUCACUACAGUCUUUCCUGGAAUUGAUGACUUAUCUCUCGGGCAUAAUCAUAUCUAAUCCCCAGGAUUUCUGGAAGUUGAUCCUAUUAUCUUUCCUUUUAGUGACACUGGCCUCGACGUUAUACAGUAUACAUGUUUAUCUGGUUAGGAAGCACCUAUUUCACUUUGAGAAGUUCAAUUGUUUAGUAAGAUCAUCUUAGACUCUGCAACGAUGAACAUGAAAAACAGAACCAUAAGCAUGUUUCCUUUUUAUGAAGCUUGUGGUGGA